AUUUAUGGAGGUGCAAAGAUCGGUGACAGCAUUACAGUAGCGUGUUACACCUUACACACCUGUCCAUACAGAAAACCAAACAUCAUUCUGAAGGGUAUUGAAGGAUCUGAUCAAAUAGAUGAUGUCCGUAUGGAAAAUGGUCAAUGGAAAACCACUCGGACACGCACCGGUGUUGUGAAGGCAGAACGGUUAGAUAUUGAGUGUAGUGUAACACAUCAUGGAGGCAUAACAACAAGAGCUACGAAAUCACAAAGUGCAGAAUGUGUCCAUUAUAAUAUAACCAUUGAGCCUAAACAGGCAGCAGAUAUCAUAGAGGGUGUUGAUAUGAACUUCACUUGUACCGUCCACCAUUCCUGCCUGAUGAAUCCUCCGAUCCUCUCCUGGAACUAUGAGAACAUGCCGGUCAAAGAUGGAAAGAAACAACUUACAGGGUUUGAAUUGGCCACAUUUUCCACCAUAACAUUUUUGGUGGAAAAGAAAGACGAUGGGAAGAAAUUAAUCUGCACUACAAAUAUUUCUGGACAGAAAAUCACAGCAUCUGUCGACUUACAUGUACAAAAUUCUUUUAUAGAGUCUCCAAAACCAGUGACUCCAGUCCAGAAUAAAUAUUCUUUUACAGAGUCUCCAAAACCAAUGACCACAAUCCAGAAUAAAUCUGUUUCCCUGAAUGAAACCAAGUUGAGGACCUUUGACAUGAAGACAACUGGGCUUUACAUUCUAGCCCCUUCAUUUGCUUUGCUUCUCAUUUGCAUAUUUGUUGGAGUCAUCAUAUACAAGAAGUGUAACAGGUCAAAUGAUUUGCGUGCAGCUGUGGCCCGUAUACAAUAACCAAAGAGUCUUUAGAAAAUCCUGCACUUUGGAGGAUUAUGAAGAUUAUUACGCCAAUAUAGAAGAUCUCAACAUUCAUGGAAACGUCUAAGGAAAAUGCUCAAUAUCACCUGCAAAAUGUGCUCAAUAAAGUGUUUUAAACAGAAAAGAAAAUAGUCAACAUAUAUUUUAGUUAAUAUUAAAAAAUACUUUAUCAUUUCAUGGAAAAUAGCAUUAAUAUUUUAAUUUACAUGCUUUUAAAUUAUACGUCCUAUUACUUUAUCUGAUUUGUGUGGCAUUUGGAUCUCUCUUUGGCUUGUCAGUUCUAAUGAGCAAUUUGGCUAAGCAAACAAC